UUUCUGCCCACACUAGGAAGUGCACUUUUUUCCCUUUUCCUUUUCACGAGACCUAGCAGAUACACUGAAACUGGUCUGCAGUGUUCUUUUUCUUUUUUACUUCUUUUUCGCAGUACUUUAGGGUUUAUGUUUCAUUUUCACAUUUUUCAGUGAUGGACGCGGCGGCACAUGCAUCGAAAACGCACCCCAUGUGGCGGAGCCCCCUCUCCAUCCCCGGAGGCCAGCGCCAGUCUCCUAUAGACAUCGCCGUGCAGAAGAGCGUGUACGACCCCCGCUUGCCGCGCCUAUCUGUCAAUUACAAUCCGCAAACCUGUCGGAAAAUAUACAAUAACGGCUAUUCCUUCCUUGUGGAGUACGAUGACACCACUGACACGUCAACUCUCAGCGGUGGGCCGCUUUCGGAUCAAUACCGCCUCUGUCAGUUUCACUUUCACUGGGGGGAGAACAACGCCUGGGGCUCAGAGCACAGUGUGGAUCGGUACCUGUACCCAGCUGAGCUACACCUGGUCCACUGGAACUCUGAUAAGUUCAGUCUUUUCAAGGACGCAGUCACAGAGGAGAAUGGACUGGCCGUAAUCGGAGUCUUCCUGAAGGUUGGACAAAGACACCAGGGUCUGCAGAGAUUGGUGGACGCCCUGCCGGCUAUCCGGCACAAGGAUAGCGUCGUGAACUUCUCCGGAUUUGACCCUGGCUGCCUCCUUCCUGAGAACACGGGAGACUACUGGACUUAUGCAGGGUCCCUGACCACACCCCCUUUGAGUGAGGUGGUCUCCUGGAUCAUCAUGAAGGAUCCUAUAGAAGUCAGCCAUGACCAGUUGGCAGUGUUUAGGAGCCUAUUGUUCACCUCAGCGGAUGAGGACAUGCAGAAGAGUAUGGUCAACAACUUCCGUAGCCAGCAGCCCCUGAGGGGUCGCAGCGUCCGCUCCUCAUUCUCCCCGUUCCUGCAGGAGCUAUCACAUGCUAGGGGUGUCCAUUGACCCCCCCUGCAAUUGAAAAAUAGGGAGGGGCCUCACAGUGUUAACUAUCUUUUAAGGAGCAGGUGUCAAGCAAGAGGUCAAAGGUCAAGAAUGGAGAUUGAAAUGUCACUAGUUGUUACAGUAUGGACAAAGCAACUGAGAGACAGUCAUUCUAGUGUUUCCAUAACAAUUUAAUUGUUUUAUUUUUGGAAAACAAGCUUUUUCUGUUUGUUUUUAAAUGCUGACGAAUGAUGUUUUGAAUGAGAACUGUAUGAAAUAUACGCUAACAUUGUCUCCCUU